UAACUUGCUUGUGAUUUUCUCAUAGUCACCUUUCUUGAAGAGGGAGAAACCCUACAAUCUAGUGGAGAAAUUACAAAAAAUGGGUCAUCCCCACCAAUUAUCUAUGCCAGGGGUGGGAAACCCCGUCCUAUCCUGUCCUAUAGGGCCCUAAAUCAGGCUGGGCCCCAAUCUGAUCCUCUGCCCUCUGAGGUUCUCCAUCUUCCCCUUCCCAUAUCAUCAUCCUUUGGAGUUUUCCUAGCAUUUGUGGAAACCUGUCCCAGCUAUACCUUCCAUUCUACAAAGCUGAAAAGUCUUUCCUAACAGUUACUGGCAGUAAAAGCUUCAAGCUAAAUUCUGCUGGUAUUUUGGUCUCAUCCUUUCCCCUUUGCCUUCUCCUCCAUCACUGGAACACUCCCACUCCCCUACAGCACUGAGGUUAAAUUUAGCUCUUGGUUUGGAAGAAGUUCCUACUUUUGAAUGCCUCACCCAAUCACAGCUCCUAGUAAAACAUACCAACACAAUGUUAACAGCAACUCAACUUUUCUCCAAUCUUUGAACUGUUUUGUCUCUGAGCAUCUAUACCAAUAGUUCUCCAUACUAAAUUCUUAAGACUCAAGAUUGAUAAGAGUUAGAAGGGCUCCUAAAUAUCCUUAUAGUCAAAGGCACUGGUUUGUAUGGACCUCUUAAGUCAUUCAACCAACGCAAAACAUGCAAUGUUGUUGUCUAGUCCAGUCCAUGUCUACUUAAAAGUAAGCCUCAUUUACUUCAGUGUGUAUGCAGCAGAGGUAGGAAAUAUGACCUCCCAGAUGCUGCUGAGCUGCAGCUCCCAUCAGCCAUAGUCAACAGUGAGGUAUGCUGGGAGCUGCAGUUCAACAACAGCUGGAGUGCUGCUUUUUCCUGCCCCUAGUACAGUAUAAGGGAUUGUUGGCCUAUUGUAUUGCAAGUCCCAGCAUGCCUCUCUGUUGGCCAGGAUUGCUGAGACUUGCAGUCUGAUAACAUCUAGAGACCAAUACUUUCUCACACAAGACUCUAUGCCUGCUCUUAAGCAUUUUUUUAGUAGGAAAUAUCAUACUCACCUACAAACAUCUACAGCUUGUUGUGGUUUGUAUACAGAAAGGGUGAAUUCUCUUGCAUGAUGACCAAUCCACGGGAGGGAAAAGAAGAGCAAAGCAGGUGAGCUCUGUGAUAACUAGGAAAUUAUCCUUGCAAACAUUCUCUCUAAAACUGAAAGAUGCCCACAUACACAACCUCUUAGCAACAAUACUAUAACACAGGAGCAGGGAAACUACUUUUCCCCUCACCCACAACUACUUAUCAGUCAGGGCUGAUGGGAACUGGAGUCAGGCAACAUCCAAAAUGUUUCCACUCCCAUUAUAGUGCAUGUGAUUGCGUUCACCUUCCCAAUCAGCUCCAGCAUGAGAAGUUAACCUAUUACCCAAACUUUUAUCAGCUGGGCCUACCCACAAAGGUCCAGUGCUAGCUCAGGCUUUCCACCACUUUGGAUAGCCAUGCUGUGCUACUUAGCUCUUCUGAUAUGCUCCUUCUGUUCCAGUGUUUGGCCUCUACUCUCUCCAGAUCCUGGGCUUCUGUCUCAAGGCCGGACCCAUUGGCAACAGGCCCGUGAAUUGGCGCGACACCCCCGCUAUGGGACUUGUUGGAUUGGGGCCUUGGAGCAACUGGAUGCUGGAUGUAAGGAGUUGGAUGAGGAGAAACAAAGCCACAUUGCUCUUGCCUUUGCCCAUUGCCACCUGCAAAGGUCUGGGAGGGGAUUUCCACCUUGUAAACCUCACAGCUCCAUCCGUGACUGCACACAGCACAUGGAUUCAGUGGCGUUUGGUGUAUACACAGAGUUCUUCACUCAUGCUCAUAGCAUUUGCUAUUUUCUACACAAUGAAGCCUGGCAGCAGCGAGCUCAAGAUACUGUACACAGAUUGACAUCCUCUUCUGAGUCUGUGGCUCGCCAACUUGAAUCAACCAACCAGCUUGCUGAAGAAAUAGUCCGGGCACAGGAUGCCACCUUGCGCUCUCAGGAGCAGAUCCUGCAAGAUGGGGAACUGCUACGACAGGUGCUCCAUGACUCCUCCCAAGGUAUUCGUCAGGCUUUCCAAGCACUGCAGGAUUCAGCCACUGAGCAGCGAGUGGCAUUUGCAGAGAUCUUCAACCGGGUGGCAUUCCUCCAGCGCUUUGUUGUGGGGGAAUCCAAUGCCAUCUAUUCUCUUUUCUUCAAUCUUCUGAGUGGGGCUGCCAGCCUGGUGCUGACUUCUUGUCAACGGACGUCAGGAGCACGGUUCAUUUUGCUGACCUUGGUGGGUGUAAACAUUUACUUGGAACGUGUUAUCGGCAGCUUUCUCAUGGAUGGCUCAGAGGAUGGCUAUGACAUGACGCUGUUCAUUUUAGGAGAGCAUUUCCUUCUGGGUGGGCUUGUUGCGUCGUGGUUUUGCUGGUCUUGGCUUAGCUGUAGUGGCUUAUUUCAUCUGGACCUACAAGGACCCAGCCAAACAGAGCCAGCAGGUGCUCCAAAGCCUACAGGAGACUCGGACAGAGAUUCAGCGGCUUCUGCAAGAAACAGGCUGCUGCCUAAUAAACCAGAACUCCUCCUCCAAGAAUCUGUCCUCCUAAGUGCAGAGGAUGAGGCCUUCUUCAUGGACUCUGGAUUCCCAGAGCAGCUUUCCUCUUCAGAGUGCAGAGAUGAAAGACAAGGGCACAAAACAUGGACUAGCCCCAUGCAGAGGGGACGCUCACCUUCCCGCCUACACCGCUCAAUAUCCCGUCAACGAAGUCUGACCAAGACCAGCAGCCCCAAACGGAGAGGGCGAUCCCCUUCCCGUAAGUGUCGUUCACCUUCCCGCCAGCGCAGUCGGACCAGAAGCAUUGCUGCUCAAAGGCUGGAAAUCCCUGUUCCACUGGAAGGGGUUCUGCAAUACAAGCUGCGGAGCCAGAGGUCCCUAGUUGGAACUUCUUCCUCUUCAAUCAAUCAGUGAAGAUCAGCUUGCUCACCCCAGUCAUAAAAGAAAUGACUCUGCAGCUGUCAUCUUUCAACCUGCACUUCGGGAGUUGAAGGAGAAAAUCUCUUGUGGCAGGGCUUGUGGCUGAAUAAUCAGGAUGCUCAUUUCACGGGUAGAGCAGAAAGAUUUCUUCCCUACCUGACAGCAAAAGCAAAUGAGGAGUAGGACUUAAACCUUUAGUUCUCGUUCCCUCCCUCCGCCACACACAACAAAGGCUUGUCCUUUUAGACAGGGAAAUUGAUACUUUGCUGAGAUGCUGAAAUUUAAGUGUAGUUGCAAGAGACUGUAAUAUCUGAACCAAGCAGUGACAUGUCCAUUAAGACAUCAUGCUCCAGAUGUACCCCAUUUUAAUGUUCCUAAUGUCAGUUUUUAUGUCCAUGGCUAACAAGAGAGACAGUUACUUGCAAAAAAUUUCCACUAUCAGCUAGCUGUAGGGAUCUCUCCACUCAAAUAGAUUACUCUCAGCAAUAGCUGCCUUGCUGGAGUGGUACUUUGACUCACAGUAUCCUUUGUGUCCCCAUAAGCCCCCUCUGCAGCUGUUGUUUUCCCCAUUAGAAGAACCUUUCUGCUUGAAUCUGCAUUUGAAGG